AUGGUUGAUGAUGGCAGUUCAACAAACUUAUUAUUCAUGUCCACACUCCAAGCAAUGGGACUUUCAGAAGCAGAUAUAAUCAGAGGUCCUAUACCACUCAUCGGCUUUAGUGGAGAACAGCAAUACACUAUCGGCUCUAUUCCAUUGCAAGUAUAUGCCAAAGGAAUAAAUCUCCAGGAGACGGAGGAAGUCAUCAUUCAUCCGAAAUAUCCAGAUCAGAAGAUUCAGAUUGGAGCCAACCUGGAUCAUCAGCUUCGAGAAAAUUUGAUUCGAUUCCUACAAAAUCAUAAACAUACUUUUGCUUGGACGCAUGUAGAUAUGAUUGGAAUUGAUCCAAAUGUCAUCACUCAUCAAUUACAGGUCGAUGAUAAUUUCCUUCCAGUAAGGCAAAAAAGACGAAGAUUCGCUCCAGAAAGAAAUAAAGUCAUUAAUGAGGAAGUUCAAAAGUUGCUAGAUAUUGGAUUCGUCCGUGAAGUUCAAUAUCCAGACUGGCUAGCAAAUGUGGUUGCGGUAAAAAAGAAGAAUGGAAAGUGGAGAGUCUGUAUUGACUUCACAGAUCUGAAUAAAGCUUGUCCGAAAGACUCUUUCCCACUUCCUCAUAUUGAUGUGCUUGUGGAUACAACAGCAGGUAAUGCCAUUUGGAUUGAAAAACGCAUGAGCGACAUACCAACGGCUGGUCAAUCGUAUGUUCGCAAGUCUACUUGCAAAAACGAUGGAGGAAAAUUCUUGGGAUUCAUUGUUACACAAAGAGGUAUUGAAACAAAUCCUGAUCAAAUCAAGGCGAUACUUGAUAUUCCUUCUCCCACAAAAAUACGAGAUGUGCAACGGCUAGCUGGAAAGAUUGCAGCAUUAAACAGAUUCAUUUCCAAGUCAUCUGAAAGAUGUCAUCAUCUGUUCAUAGCUUUGAGGAAAUCAACUAACUUUGAAUGGACGGAGGAAUGCGAGACUGCAUUACAGAAAUUGAAAGGAUACCUGACCAAUCCUCUAAUUCUCGCAAAGCCAAAAACCGGUGAGAUACUCUAUCUUUAUUUAGCAGUCUCUGAGUUUGCAAUUAGUGCAGUGCUGCUAAGAGAAGAGAACAACCGCCAACAUCUAGUUUAUUAUGUUAGUCGGAGUUUAUUAGAUGCUGAAACAAGAUAUCCUUUAAUGGAAAAACUUCAUGAUAUCGAAUAUCAACCUCGCACAGCAAUUAAAGCCCAAGUUCUCGUCGAUUUCAUUGCUGAAUUUAGUCCGAGAAUGAUGGAUGAUGUUCAUAAAGAAUUGCAUCAAAACCAAGAAGAUGAUGACGCUAUUUGGCAAUUAUUUGUUGAUGGAUCAAGUAAUGCAAAGGGAAGCGGCUUAGAUUCCCGGUUGAUCGUCAAUCAAUUAAAUGGAGAAUAUCAAGCAAAGGAUGAAAGAAUGAACGAUUAUCUGGAAUUAGUGCAGAAGUUGCAACUUGAAUUCAAAGAAUUCCGAAUUCAUCAAAUUCCCAAAGAGGAAAAUCAACAAGCUGAUGCAUUGGCUAAUCUGGGAUCAGCAAGUCAAGCACAAACAACUCAGAAUAUCCCAUUGAUUUAUCUGGAAUCAUCGGCAAUAAGCAAAAAUUCCACGGUGGAACAAUCAUUUGCUAUUACUGAAGACAGUGAUGACUGGAGAACACCAUUCAUACAAUACUUACAGGAUGAUGUGUUACCACAGGAUAAGAAUGAAGCCAGAGCCCUACAGCGAAAAUCAUCACGUUACACGAUAGUUGAUGGCAUUCUCUACAAAAGAUCAUACCAAGGAGUAUUGCUUCGAUGUUUAUCUCAGGAAGAAGCACAAUAUGCCUUAGCAGAAUUACAUGAAGGUGUCUGCGAAAACCAUUCAGGUGGCCAAAGCUUAGCCAGUAAAGUCAUGCGAACUGGUUAUUAUUGGCCUAUGCUCCGUGGCGAUGCAGCCAAAUAUGUGGCUAAAUGUGAUAAAUGUCAAAGAUUUUCACAAAUUCCACGUCAACCACCAACGGAGCUGAUAAAGCUUUGCUUCGCAUCACCAAGGCAUCCACAGUCGAAUGGCCAAGCGGAAGCUACAAACAAAACGAUAGUUAACACUUUGAAGAAGAGACUGGAAAACGCAAAGGGAGCCUGGGCAGACGAACUCCCAGGAGUUUUAUGGUCAUAUCGAAUGAUAGUGAGAACUUCAACAGCACGGUUUGAAUGGAAAAAAGAUGAGGAAAAUAACGCCGUGUUCACCGAAGAAUUAGAUAUGCUUAAGGAACGACGGAAUCUCUCAUCUAUUAGAACAGCGGCCUAUAAGCAUCAGAUCGCAAAAUACUAUAACAAAGCAGUCCACUCAAGAGCUUUCGAUAUUGGUGACUGGGUUUUACGCAAAGUUUUCCAGAACACACAGCAAUUGAAUUCUGGAAAACUGGGAGCCACAUGGGAAGGACCAUAUAGAGUCAUAGAGGUCGUCGGCAAUGGUGCUUACAAAUUGCAACCAGAGAAGGGAAGAUACUUAACAACAGCUGGAAUGCAAAACAUCUCAGGAUCUACUAGAAUAUGGAAUAAAGUAUCAAAGUAUGAACGAAGAUCAAAGCAACGAAGGAAACAGAAAGAAGUUACGAUUGUAGUUAGGGAUACAAAGAUAAAAAGGAAAGAUACAAGAUUAAAAAAUAGAAUCUAA